AAAAGCAGCUAACUCAUCAGUACCUGCACCAAAUACAACAGGAUUGCAACCUCCUCCACUUACUCCCGCACCAGGAAUCCAACCUUCUUUAUCUACUCCCGCACCCGUAAAGGAUCUGCUGAUUCAGUAUCAUAACAAGACCAUAAGCACAAGUAGCCUCCUCAUUAGACUAAACAUGACUUCUUCCCCAUUUGAUAUGACAAGGAUGUGCCCCUCAGCCGAGUAUUCCUGCACUCGGAUAUGCCCUUUGGACGACCAAGACCAAGAACGAGCGUACAAAAGGCCUUGCUAUUGCGAUACGUUAUGUUUCAAGUUGGGGGAUUGUUGCUUCGAUUACUUCUUGAGGUGUAAGGUUUCCAAGACACCGAAAAAGAGCCCUACUAAGCAGAAGUGUAUAAAAACGAACAACUCGACGGAUUAUGGAUUCGUAAUGAUUUCCAGCUGUCCAUCAAACAAUCCCGACCAGAGUCUGAAUUCCCUAUGCGUUGAAAAACCCACCGCGACAAAUCUUCUCAGACUUUUGCCUGUAACAGACAUGGAGGAAAAACUCACGUACAAGAAUGUGUUCUGUUCUAAAUGCAAUCAUGCUAAGAAUCAGACAUACUGGAAAUUCUCCGCCUCAUGCAAAGGUAUUAGCACUCAUAACGUUCCAAAGGACAGAUCACAGAUGUUGGAAUACAUAAUGACGAGAUGUGAAUGGGAAUUCAAAGCACCAACUGGUAAUAAGCAUCUGCUAAAGCAAUGCUUGGCCAUAGAGCAAAGCUGUUCAGAUCCAACGGUAAUUCAAGCAGAACCACUGCUGCCCGAUUUAUGUUCAUUUUACGCCUUUCCUGUUUGUUACAGCGCUCAAGAAAAGAAUCCACAUUGUGAAAUCUGCAAGGGCAAAGACAUUAGCGCAUAUUCUUGUGCCUGCUUCUCAGUGAAUCCACCACCACCACCACCACCACCACCUACAAAACCUGGCACACCUCCCUUGGAUAUCUUAUUCGACUUUUCCUCCUCUUUCCACACCAUAAGACUGGGAAAACAGAAGACUGUCGUAAUGAACAAGCUGUGUGCUGAAGGAACCGUAUUUGAUCCCUUCACUGAAAAAUGCAUUCAAGUCAGCGUUCACAUUGCUACGAAUAAUGAAAGUUCCAUCAACUGUUCCUUUGUCGAAAUGGAACUAAAUUCUGUUAGAAUUCAAACUAACGGCUCAGUAUGGAUUCCAUUGCACAAACAAUCGUACGGUAAUGAAAGCUUCUUUAUCAAUGGGUCAUCUCUCUUCCUUUGUAUGAACCUCAGUCGUAACUAUGUCGUGACAGAAACAGUCGCAUCAAGAAAGAUCACACCACGACAAGUGUUAACGUACAUCGGAUGCACCACCUCCAUAAUCUCCCUACUUUUUCUUCUUGGUACUUACAUUGCAAUUGCAGAGCUGAGGAAUUUGCCAGGGAAGAACCUCAUGAAUCUUUCCUGUGCAAUGUUGUUGUACCAUACCAUGUUCUUUCUAUCUGGUGAGACCGACAAGCCACAUUUUUGCAUGACGGUGUCCAUUCUACUCCAUUAUUUCCUGUUGUGUUCAUUUUUCUGGAUGGGAGUUUUGGCAUUUGAUGUGGCAAAGACGUUUGGAGCCACAGGGCAACCAGCACAUUCUCGUUCUAGUGGUAACACAAAUGCGUUAAUGGUAUACUGCGUAUUUGCCUGGAUCACUCCUGCUCUUGUUGUGAUCACAAGUGUAACUCUGGAUAAAACAGACGCAUUCAGCAUUGGAUACGGUGACAUUUUUUGCUGGAUUUCAAAUGGCAAAGCACUUCUUCUGGUACUUGGUCUACCCGUGGCAGUCAUCAUAAUUUUCAACAUAGCUGCUCUUUCCUACACGAUGGCUUCUAUUUGGAAAGUUAAGAAGACCACGCGUCACGUAACAAGUAACGAGACCAGUCUUCUUAUCCUGUACUUAAAGCUGUCUUCGUCUAUUGGCUUCACCUGGAUAUUGGGUUUCAUCGUUCCAUUUGCCAAAGUGGAGUUUCUGAAUUAUUUGUUUGUGAUUUUAAACAGUCUUCAAGGAUUCUUCAUUUUUCUGGCUUUCGUGGCAAACAGACGGACAUAUAGCAAGAUAAAGGCUUACUGUGUGUCACGAUUCAGCCCCACAAACCACACUGAUACAAAUGAAUGCCAGUCCGGGUCGACUCAUGUCAGGAAAAUCGCAACAUAGCCUACU